UUCAAAGCAGAUCAGAAAAUAUUUUUUUUGAACCAUCAAAAGUUUUCGAAAAUCAUCAAAAUGUGGUCUCAGACCCAAUUAUGGAUACUUUUGAUAACGACAAUUGCAGGAAUUUAUGCAGAAAAUACAUUUGACAGUUGUGAAAAAGCUGUGUUUUUGGAUCAUAAUUUGCAACAAUUACCGCCGAUAUGUUCUACAGAUCGCACACAAAGUGAUGACCCUGCUCUCAAAAAAGUCGCUGAAAACCGGUUAUCCACGCAAAUCUUCGGCAUCAUCGAACAUUACAAACAAACAGAUCCCGUUGGUCUUCCCGGCGUCCCGAUACCCGACCCAAUGCCCAUUCCCGAUAUCAAAAGUUCCAUUUCACUCGUGCAUCUCAACAUGAAGAACGUUCUUUCAUAUGGAUUGUCCAAAUUCCGCAUCAAACACAUCAAAACGGAUUUGAAGCUGUUACAGGUGAAGGCAGGCGUGCAAAUUGACGAACUUGUCUUGCGGGGAAACUACACAAUGAGUACGCUUUUUAGUCGGUCCAGUGGUCCCUUUAAGAUUCUCAUCACCGACGUUUAUGUGCAGGGUAAUGCAACGUUAGCUGUCGAAAUGGACGGGAAAAUUCGCACGCAAGAUAUCAAGAUGGACGUUAAGUUUGCCGAUAUGAACAUGAAUUUUGAGAAUUUGGGGUUGAUGGGGUCGGUGUUUCAAGGUAUCGCAAAUAGUGCGUCGAAUAUAAUUUUUGAUACGGUUAAGCCUCUGAUGUUAAAGGAAGCGUACGAGAAAAUUCGCAAGGAAAUCGAUACAAAUUUGGAGAAUGCAAUUGCUGACAAUACUUUCCCGAAUUCCAUUUCGCCACUUGACAUGGCGAUUGCCGAGGGACGGAAGAAAGUGCGGAACAUGGGAUACGAUCCGUACAAAAUUAAGGAUUAUAAUCACACAAUGGGAGUUUUUGGCGUGGAAAUGAGCAACACUUGGGUUAGAGGAGUAUCUUCCUUUUAUCGAGAGGGAAAUAUUACUGUGGAAAUUGAAAAUAAUGUCCUCAUAAUCGGAAUGCAAGUGGGCACACAAGAAAUAAUGGGAUCCACUCAAUGGGAAGUCAACAUUGGCAAAGGAAUGGUAACUCGAGCAGGUCACGUCAAAUUUACAGUGCAGCAUUUCAAAGUCUCUGUUGUCCUUCGUCAAUCCCUGGAUUUGCGAAAUCGUGCCAAACUUGAUGACUUACAGCUCGAACUGGGAAAUAUUCAAGUCAGAUGUGAUGGUGCCGGAACACUAGAUUACGUGUUGGAGCUCGUUGUUAAUAUCCUACCGAAUUUGCUGCGAUACCAAAUAAUGGAUGCCUUGGAAAAUCCAAUUAGAAGUCGCAUUCAAGACGAAAUGGAUAAAAUUGACGUAGAGAAAGUGCUAAAAGAGAAGGUGCUUGAGUACGAAAAGUUGGGUGUCAAUAUGAAUUUUGACUUGCCAUUUUAAUUAGAAAACGGCAAAAACAAAAUGCAGCAAAACAUCGCUCACAAUGCAGUUGUGACAAAAUAAUUGUCAAAUGAUUUCAAAACUCGAGACACAAACUUUAAUAUUGUGUGACAUGUCAAAGAUUCAAUAAAGAUUACCUUGUCCCCUUGUCCCAAUUGGCACGUAAGCAAAAAUUUUGUAAUUCCAUAUAGCUUGCUUGCUAACCUCAA